AUGACAACCUAUUGUCAAUUUCCAAUUUCCAUUUCAAUAGGUUUGCCACAUUAUUCAUGCCAGGUUCUUCGUAAUGAUGCCAGUAAAUAUUUUGUAAUAUCUUUAAAAGAUCGUGCAAUUGAUUUGAUUCAUGAAAGAUUUCUCAUUUUUCAG